CGAGCGGAUGACUACGUUUACGGGGUGUCUCGGGGGGCCAGAGUCGUGGCUUACAGAAGAGACGAAAUGUGGUCUGAGGGACGAUACGAAUAUGAUAGAAUUCCGAGAGAAUGAGCACCUCCUCGAAGUCAUCCCAGUGAUGGCUACAAUAGACUAGUUAAUAUUGUGCCAAAGAAACCACCACUGCUAGACAGACCUGGUGAAGGAAGCUACAGUAGAUAUUACAGUCAUGUUGAUUACCGAGACUAUGACGAGGGCCGCAGUUUUUCUCAUGAUCGAAGAAGUGGUCCACCUCACAGAGGAGAUGAAUCUGGCUAUAGAUGGACAAGAGAUGAUCAUUCUGCAAGCAGGCAACCUGAAUACAGGGAAAUGAGAGAUGGCUUUAGAAGAAAAAGUUUCUACUCUUCCCAUUAUGCGAGACAGCGGUCUCCUCAUAAAAGGGACAAUACUUUUUUCAGAGAAUCACCUGUUGGCCGAAAGGAUUCUCCACACAGCAGAUCUGGUUCCAGUGUCAGUAGCAGAAGCUACUCUCCAGAAAGGAGCAAAUCAUACUCUUUCCAUCAGUCUCAACAUAGAAAUAAAGAGAGGCCUGUCCAGUCUUUGAAAACAUCAAGAGAUACUUCACCCUCAAGUGGUUCAGCAGUUUCUUCAUCAAAGGUGUUAGACAAACCCAGUAGGCUAACUGAAAAGGAGCUUGCUGAGGCUGCAAGCAAGUGGGCUGCUGAAAAGCUAGAGAAAUCAGAUGAAAGUAACUUGCCUGAAAUUUCUGAGUAUGAGGCGGGAUCCACAGCCCCAUUGUUUACUGAUCAGCCAGAGGAACCUGAGUCAAACACAACGCAUGGGAUAGAAUUAUUUGAAGAUAGUCAGCUAACCACUCGCUCUAAAGCAAUAGCAUCAAAAACCAAAGAGAUUGAACAGGUUUACCGACAAGACUGUGAAACUUUCGGGAUGGUGGUGAAAAUGCUGAUUGAAAAAGAUCCUUCAUUAGAAAAGUCUAUACAGUUUGCAUUGAGGCAAAAUUUACAUGAAAUAGGUGAGCGGUGUGUUGAAGAACUCAAGCAUUUCAUUGCAGAGUAUGAUACUUCCACUCAAGAUUUUGGAGAGCCUUUUUAGAUUUUUUUGCUCAGACCAGGAAAAAAAAAAAAAACAGUUUCUAAAUAAUUUUUUUCCUGGAUUGUGUAAAUCCUUAAUAUAUGGAAUUUUUGUGAUGCAGUGAAAUACUUUAUGAUAGUUGACCACAUUUCAAUAUUAAAUAAACAUCUAAAAUAGUCUGUUUAAAAUGUUUAAUUAGAAUUUUUGUAUUUUUUUUUUUUGUAGAAAUGGGGUUUCACCAUGUUGGCCAGGCUAGUCUCUAACUCCUGGCCUCAAGUGAUCUGCCUGCCUCAGCCUCCCAAAGUGUUGAGAUUACAGGCGUGAGCCACCGCUCCCAGCCGACACAUGAUACCAUCUGAAAAUGUUAGAAUUCUAAGUUGUGAUUUUAUUGACUUGUUGCUUGCUUUUUCUUAGGCUUUGUAACUUGUAAUAUGUUAAAGUGUACUAUCCUAAUAAACUGAAUACUUUGGUA